CGUUUUUUCUCAAAGUUGCCAAAAUGCCACGUGCGUCCACUUAUAUUAGUGCAUUCCUAACAACCUAAACAUUACAAAACGUAUAUUUGAUCAAAUAAGCGACACGUAGCAAUUUAGCAAUUAUUUUUUGUUGAUGAUCAAAUUCGAUACUCUCUCGUUGACCGUACCAAAAUUCCUCACUUCGUGGGCUUAUUUUCGCAGACAGAUUUUGGCUUCGUAAAACCUCUCGCUUCGUCUUUUCUUCUCUGAGAUGGGCCAGCCACUUGGACACGCAGUUCGAAAUAGAAGUUCCCUAGUGCAUCGCCGCUUGGCUUGAGCUGUCGUUCCUUCUCUUCCUCUCAGGGAUGAUGAGGUGAUUCGGAGCAUGAGCAAUGGGACUGAGCGUAUACUGCUGCUCGCGACACAGAACCUAAAGCAACGCUGGACUUUCAGAACGUGGAGAAUAAGAAACUCGAAACUUCUCGCAGUUUCAAGGAUGUUCUUCCCAGAUGUGCCUCCAGCCAUCAAUUACGCACUCUUGUUGGGAAUAACGUGUCUGACGGUCUUCUGCAACUUCACCAACAGUUCCUCUGAGUUUUCAGGUUACCUGUCCAAGGUGUUGAGGAACUACACCGAGCAGGCGGGCGACGGCGACUUCCUGUCGGUCCGCUGCCCGCCCCGCACCACCAUCACCGUCCAGUCGGCUUUCUACGGCAGGAGUGGCCCCCUCCACCCCCAGCAGGGCCCGUCCCACCACAGACCCACCCUUUUAGGGACACUCCCACUGGAGGAUGACUUGCAUUGUUACAUGUCCACAGCACUACAGAAAAUGUUGGAUGAGUGCCAGGACAGGAGGAGCUGUAAGGUCCUUGUCAACAGUCGUCUCUUCGGGAUGGACCCAUGCCCCAGCAGCAGCAAACACCUCAUCGUGUGGUACAAAUGCAGGCCUAAUGAGUAUAAGAGUAAGGUGGCGUGCGAGGAGGAGAGAAUGAAGCUGACCUGUAAACAGGGAAUGCAGAUCACCGUCUACUCGGCCAUGUUCGGUCGAACCCAGCAGGGUACACUGGAGUGUCCUACCCACCACAGGAGGGCGUCGUCCGUAGACUGCCAGUCGGGCGUGGCUCUCCAGGUGUUGACGACACGUUGUCAGGGGAAACAGAGCUGCUUCGUCCAAGCGUCCACGCAAGAGUUUGGGGACCCCUGCUACUUGGGCACCAGGAAAUAUCUCAGUGUCAUCUACGCAUGUGUCCCAAAGAAGUUGCUGCUGGAAGAGCCCAACCCCAGAGUGGCAGUGUACCCCCCGUCACCCAGUGCCCAUGACCCAAACGUGGUUGGAGACAGCGCCCUUCCUGAUGGGACCUCGGUCAUAACUUUGGAUUCUUUGCUCUCAGGAAAGAAGAAGCGCGGGAGGGAGUUUGGUUCCUACUCUGGGGAGGUGAAGACAAAUGAGGGAGGAGUGGAGGACAAAGCCGCCCGGCCGCCGGACAUGAACCCUGUGAUCAAUGCUACAACGGGCAGCGCCGACAUGUCCCUUAUCAGUAGCUCACUGGCAGCCUACAACUAUAUAGCAGACCACCCAGAGCGUGCAGCGCUCUACUUUGUGUGCGGCGUGUGCCUGGGCCUUUUCCUCACCCUGUUUGCUCUGGUGGUCCAGAUCUCGUGCCGCACGGACUGCCAGCCUCGCCGCCGCUGCCCCGGCACCACCACCAAGAACCGCCUGCGGCCCACCGACUCCUCAUCGGACUCCAGCGACUCAGACUCAGACUGGGAAACCACGUCGGAUCUGUCCGCGCGCCGCCACCGCCGCUUCGAGCGCACGCUCAACAUGAGUGUGUUCACGUCUGCGGAAGAGCUGGAACGGGCACAGCGGCUGGAGGAGAGGGAGAGGAUCAUACGAGAGAUCUGGAUGAAUGGUCAACCCGACAUACCCGGGACGCGUAGCCUCAACCGCUAUUAUUGAGGCAAGAACGUAAAUGAACCACUACUAGAUCUAGAUGAACCCGGGACGCGGAGCCUCAACCUCUAUUAUUGAGGACCGUAAAUGAACCGCUACUAGAUCUAGAAAGGGGGCUGUGAAGGUUGGAGUGCAGUACUUGAGAUGGGAUGUGUAGGACCACAAAUGCACCACUAGAGUUUGGGGAUAGGGGGAAGGGACCCCACCACCGGACCUGGUUUUCGGAGGUGUGCAUGAUCACAAUAGGACCACUUUGGACUGCGGGGGUUUGGGAACCGCACGAUGGAACACAGUGACGCUUGCAGACCAGGAAGGAUAAAUAUCCCCCUCUGUCUGUCUGUCAGUCUGUGUCCGUGUGGGCACUGUAAAGCAAAAAAAAACUCUGUUAAUGCAGUGAGAAUAAGCUCCUACAUCUCAGCAUGGUAAGCUUGACCCGGAGCCUGCCUCUCAUUGGUGGAGGCUGAAGGUGAAAGGUCAGCUAACUGCACUGCCUCACAUUUUACCUCAUCGCACCCUCCUGAAGUGGAGGAUCUUGAGAUACUGAGACUGUGAAGCCUGAAAGGUCAAAGGUGACUUAAGGACAGUUGCCAAUGUUACUCCAGUGUUGCCUAGUGGAAAUUGAGAAUUGUGCAAAUCUGAAAGCGUGCAGCUUGCUUUAUGCUCACUCACCCUCCAGUAUUCAAAUGGUCGAAUGGCUUUAGGAGAGGCGUAACACUUACAGUUAAAAGGACAUCAAGACACUCAAAGUGAAACGGACAGCGUUACACAAAGUGAAACUUACAGCGUAACACUUACAGUAAAAUUGGACAGUGGGACAGUUGACCAACAACGUUACAAUCUUUAAGAGGAAAAUGACCAUGGUCAACCAACGCUGUGUUUUGAACUUUGAACCCAAAAUGUGUUUUUUGAAAUUCUUCUCAAACAUUUUAUGAAAUCUAUUUUAUAUAAUAUUUAAUAGUUGUACUGUUGUGUAUUUUUUUUCUUUACGGUUAUUAUUAUGAUAUAUUUUUAUACUGCGGUUAUCAAAACUUGUCUGGCACCUCAGGGAUGCAAUCCUAGGGGAGUCCAAAAUGGCACCCUAGUUCCUUUAUACUGCUCUACUUUUGGCUAGAACCUUAUAAGGGUCUGGCAAAUCUCUGGCUAWAAUUAGUGCACAACAUAGGGAAUAGGGUGCAGUUUUGGAUGUAGCCCCUAUUGUUUCUGUGUAUGGUAGUUUUUAUUUGCUUCUUAAGAAGAGGAUUGGGGCCCGAAUUCAUUAAGCUUCUCAUUGUAGGAGUGCUGAUCUAGGAUCAGGUCCCCCAUGUCCAUGUCAUCUGAUUCAUUAUGAUAUUAAAGGCAAAUACAAUACAGCACCUAUACAAUACUCCAGAUGUGUCAGCAUUUGAGCAUUGAGCAUUGGGCCAGUAACCGAAUCCCUGAGCUGACAAGGUAAAAAUCUGUCGUUCUGCCCCUGAGCAAGGAAGUU